GUUUAAAAUAUAUUCCGAUCAACAUAUGAAUUCCAACGCCCAGCAGCAUUUUGAACGUAAACUUGAACAAAUCUACAUUCUAGGUAUACGGUUAUUAAAAGCACGAAAUAACGUCAUAAGUGCUCCGAAUGGAAUGCCAAUGGACAAGAUGUUAGACAUGUUACACGAAAAGGAAUGUCAAAAUAACCUAAAAUUUUUCUAUAAGAAAAUUAAAAAUAUAAAAUCAAGGUAUGUCAUAUCACCCUAUAAGAAAGGUGGUCCGGGUGUAAUG